AUGAGCAGCUUCUCGAUGUUUGAAUCUAUGCAGCGCAACUCAGCUGCGUGCUUCGAAUUCAUCAAACAAAAUGCCACUCGAAACGACCCUGCCUCUGUAGUUGCUGCUAUCGACACCUUCGCGGCGAACAACACCAUGAUGAACGUUGGCGCAACUAAAGGCGCCAUCAUUGACGCCAAAAAUCGACAGAAGACACCACGAGCCAUGGCCGAGAUCGGCGCUUACACGGGCUACAGUGCCGUGCGCUUCGCUAACACCCAACGUGAAGCAGCGAAAGCGGCUGGCGUCGACUCCCACUACUACUCUUUCGAGUAUUCACCGGAGUUUGCAGCGCGUGUUCGUGAGGUACCUUGA